AUGAUGACGCUACUGCGGACCGUAGUAGUUCUCGGCCUUCUUGGCGCGACGUAUGUGAGUGGCAGCGUGGACAACAGGGGUUUUGACGAUCCUAACGCCCCGCGUGAGUCUGUACAGUUCUGGCGAGCUUGUCACAAGGCGAGUCACUCGCUGACAGAUGACAUUGGUGUUCCAUAUGAAGUCGCGGACCCUCCUGAGAUACCGUUCCCGGGUGCCGAGCACCAAUUCACUUUAGUCGUUCAACGUCACGGCACGCGUCGAUCGCAGUACUUAUUGUCUCAGUCGCCAUACUAUAAAAGUACAGUGCCAAUCCAGUUGUCGGUUCAAGGUGCGCACGAGCUCCGCGUGUCAGGGAUCGAAGUCCGUCGCUACCUUCAGACGUUCAUGGGUCAUAGUCUGCCUAAACGUUCAGUGAAACGGACCCGCGAUGAUGUCCUGAGUGAGGCGUGUGGUUUUGAUCUUGAGCGAGAGUGUGAAGGUUUCGGCCUCGAAAAGGAGAACUGUACUCCCUCUGGUUUGGUCAACGCGAUCGCGAACGUGUUUCCUGAGGAUACCUUAUACGUCCGUGCAGCGGGACUGCCGAGGACACAAUGGAGUGCAGUUUUUUUUCUCGAAGGAUUUUAUGGUCUCCCGUGGCUGUGCGGUGCGAGGACAGACGAGCUACUUCGAACGUCCACCAGCCGAAACUACGAACGGCGUUGCCUGGUUCGCGAAGUUUGCGAUGGGGAUCCUGAAAAGGUUCUUCAGUUGCGGGGACGCCAUACGGAGACGUGCGCCGCAAUCAAGCUUCCGUGCAUCCACGUGCCUUUCACGCCUGAAGAUGGUUUGACUGUUGGAGCUAUGUACAAUGCGGUGGCGUACAGCCAAGGGGAUGACCAUUUCGUGAGGCUGGAAGGUCCGAGGACGUUUGAGCCGCAGGGCCCCCUGAAAGUGGCUGUAGAUAUCGCCGAAGAAGUCUACGGUAAAGGCGCGUUUGAAGGCAGCGGGGGAGGGUGGAAUGCAGGUGAAAUGUGGGUGUCGGAAGCUGGAUCGGGGGAUCCCACUCCAAUGAUAGACGUGCUAAAGUGGGUCGAGAAAAAGAAGCAGUACUGCCAAGAGAGUGGCAAAUGUGACCCGGUGGCUGUGCCAUCAUAUGAUUUGCUGAUUGAGGACCUGAAAGAGGCAUUUCGACGUGGAUACAACAUCUUAUAUGGGUCCGGUGGGUUCGCUAAGUUUGUGGCAUCUCCGUAUCUUUUGUUGUUCACCGCGGUUGCUCGAGGGAUUGCCUUCGGCCGACAGGAGGAUAUGAGAGACCUGCGACUGACGAUGGCGGCGGUCAGCGAUUUCGACUCAAUGGGUGUGAACGACGAGGAUGUGCUGAGGGCAGCCAUCCAGAAGGUGAAACUGUAUGUGCUUUCGCUGCACGACUUCGCGGUGGUCUCCGUCUUGAGCGUUCUCCAGGUGUACAGCGGUGAACUUUCACCGUUCGCAUGCCGCUUUUACCUGGAGUUGGUGAAGGCUCCCGGUGGUGACGCGAAGAAUGUCACUCCUAGUGGAAAAGCAUUUAAUGUGGAAGAUGGCCUCAAUCCAGGUGGCAACGUCCAGUACCCGGAGAACGGUUACUUUGUGCGCGUCCUUUAUGGCAAGCCAGGGAAGAAGAUGAGUGUUCUGCCGUUACCCUUGUGCGGCAACAAAGACGUUUGUCCACUCAAUGAUUUUUUGAACAUCACCUACGGGCUGUUGAAGUCGAACAGUUUCCUGGAUGUGACUGAAGUGUAUCGCAACAGACUUCGCGAGCUUUCGAAGACCUUUGUGUAA